AUGACGAAAAACGAGAAGGUAGCAAAACGACAGAUAAGUAGGAAGGGAAGUAAGGCAAGAACAUGGUUGAUGAUGGACAGUGAAGGGCAAAGACAGACGGUAGAGGCCGGGAAGCCGACGAUAAUGCAGCGGACCGGGCUAACGGCAAGGGACCUUAGGAUUCUUGAUCCUAUGUUGUCAUACCCUUCAACAAUUAUGGGUCGUGACAAAGCAAUGGUGUUAAACUUGGAACAAAUAAAGGCUAUUGUUAGUGCACAUGAGGUUCUCUUGCUCAAUUCUAGAGAUCCAUCUGUUGUUCCUUUUGUGGAAGAACUUCAUGCAAGGAUUCUUCAUCACCACAGCAUUGUUAUUGAUCAUUCUCAGGGUGAUCAAGAUAAGAAGGAUGAAGAUGAAAUAAAGCAAGUUAACGACAAUAAGAAGAUUAUUCCAUUUGAGUUUGUGGUGUUGGAGGCAUGUCUUGAAGAAGUUAUAAGUUCCUUAGAAAACGAGGCAAAUAUAUUGGAACUUGAGGCUUAUCCUGCCCUAGAUAAGCUAUCCUCAAAGAUUAGUACUCUUAAUUUGGAACGUGUUCGUCAUGUUAAGAGUCGAUUAGUUGCCUUAACUGCUCGUGUUCAAAGGGUAAGGGACGAGUUAGAAAACUUGUUGGAUGAUGACGGAGAUAUGGCUGAACUAUAUCUUACAAAUAAAUUGUCUCAACAGAAGUUUGAAAAUUCUUCUACAGCCUCAUCCAUGAAACAAGGUGGAGAUUUAAUCGAACGCGAUGAUUCUAAAAGUGUCGUCAAUGGUGAUAUACCUAAAACGCAGGCUGGUACUGUCAACAGCGGUGUUGGCAGUGUUGAGGAGCUUGAGAAGCUCUUAGGAGCAUACUUUGUGCAAAUUGGUAGCACGCUGAACAAACUAUCCAUGUUGAAUGAGUACGUCGAGGACACAGAGGACUACAUAAACAUUACCUUAGAUGACAAACAAAACCGCAUUCUGCAAACUGGAGUUCACAUAGGCACAAUAAGUGUGAUUGUGAAUAGCUUUAUUACGGUGACAGGUAUUUUUGGCAUGAAUAUUGAAAUUGAGGUUUUUCAUGCUGAAAAGGAUAAGCUGUUCCUUGUGACAGUUAUCCUAUGCACUGCUGCUUGUUUGAUCUUAUAUUUUCUUGCCAUGCUUUGGUACAAGAAAAAACACAUGCUGUAA